UGUCAACUCACGAUGAUGAUGAAAGUAAACUUUGUACUCUCUGUAAAACUAUCUUCCGAGACGAGAAAGACUUUGCUCGCCAUUUUUAUACUUUGGAUUAUCACCAUUGAAAUUCAUUUAUAGAAACAGAAAAUCACGGGCGACAAUUUAAUACAUAUGAUAAAUCCUGUUGACAGGACAAAUCAUGUGGGGCCAUUCAUUAUUCCUGGAGUCAUACACACUUAUCAAGACAUUUCUCCUCUUUCUAUUGACAAUGAUCUGUUCGAAAUUGAGGAUAUGUUUGAAGAUGCAAUAGAAGUUGUAGAAAUGAAUGAACAGGAGGAGGAUAUUUUACAAAAAGCUUUGACUGAGGCUGGUUUGCCAAUGGAUUGGAAUGAUUUUUUAGAUGGUUUUGAUUUUACGGGUGAGAUGUUUCUGGGGGAAAUUGUGAGUUGUGAGUGGGAAACUGUAGGAUGUGAAGACUUUUCACCAGUAAUAGUGAAUGCCCCACUUUCAUCAAUUGUUGAAGAUAGAACCACAUUUCACUUUGGGACUGUGGUUCGAUAUUCACGGUUUAUGAAUAUGUGGGUUUGUGCACAGUGUGAGAUCAUUUUUCUUGAUUCUACUUUAUAUUAUAUCCACAAAAGUCAUCACAUUGUUGGAAGAAGUUUUUGUGCGUCGUGUGGGACAAGUUUCGAAACAAAUUAUUCACUGG